AUGUCCGACUUGAAGAUAAGACAGAUUGAUGUAUUCCAAGUCGAUUUGCCUUACUCCGGUGGUGUCUAUUAUCUUUCUGGAGGACGGGCUAUUACUCGUUUCGAUGCUACGUUUGUUCGUGUUAUCACAGACCACAGAAUUGAGGGUUGGGGCGAAAGCACUCCAUUCGACAACUACAUCGCGUCACAUGCCGGCGGUAUUAGGGCUGCAAUCGCAGAGAUAGCCCCUAAGCUGAUUGGUCUGGACCCUCGAAGAGUUGAUCGGGUCAAUGACGCUAUGGACGCAGCCUUACUUGGUAGUGAGUCGGCAAAGUCAGCUAUCGAUAUUGCCUGCUGGGAUAUUUUUGGCAAGUCAGUGGGACUUCCCGUGUGUGAAUUGCUCGGCGGACGCACAAGCAAAAAGCUACCUGUUCUCGAAUCUAUCCCUGUGUCGCAGAUGCAGAUGGUACUCGCAAGCUUGUUGCCAAGUCCCGAGCAGCUGGAUACACUGGAUUCUCGGUUAAAAUUGGAGGGGACCCGGUAG